AUGAGCGCGUCGGCAAACGCGUUUCCGGCGCUGCCGGAUACCUUCAAGUUGCCCUCUGUCGCAACCGUGACUCGCAAGCCGGUCCGUGUGGUGCGACAGACACGCGCUUUGCCUGCCAUGGCCCGUGGCUUGGUUGCGCCGGCGCCGUCAUCGACGCCAUCUCUCUAUCCGCAGAGUCUCUGGUGGGACGCACAGCAAGGCAACGAGGACACGGAUAAGAUGACGCGCAAGCGCACCUACUGGGCGAGCGACUACCCUCCUAUUGUCGUGGGCAAGUAUGUGACAGACCCGACAGGAAAGGACUUUUCCGACCCGCGCUACGUGCCCGCAGGGACGGCGGCGCGCUCUCGCUCAUCAUCGCGCACCAUAGUCAAGAGCGACGCAAGCACGGUCGCUCUUAGCCGUGUCGCCAGCUCCGUGACGACGUACUCCAGCUGCACCACAACCUCCUCGACCGUUCAAGGCUCUGAAGAGGACGAAGAGAACGCUGCGAUGCAGAUCGCUGUAAAGCGGAAGCUGCUUACAGUGGUGAUGCCUAUCUACCCCUCCUCCGCUGCGAGCUUUUUCUUCCCGACGUCGUACGUGCAUUCAUCUCGUGACUCGACGGAUUGGCGAGGUCUACCAAAGAAAAUUAACGACGAUCUGCACCCCGACGACCGCACCAAUAUCUCCCUCUCCUUUGUGUCUGUGCGCGAGAACAACCUGAACCGAAUGGGAUUAUACAAGAUUGGCCCCGGCGCUGUCGCCUUCAGCGCUGUCAUCAAGGCCUUUGAGGCGGGCGGACUCAGAUACACGGACUCCAACAAAGACUUCAACAUAUUGUGGGCCAAGCGGGCCACCGUCUACACCCUGUCCUCGCUGAACGCGUACCAGAAGGUGAACCACUUCCCCGGCACGUGGGGUGUGGGGCGAAAGGAUCGGCUGGCCUGCAACAUUCGCCGCAUGCAGCGCUUCUUCAGCGACGACGCCUUCGACAUUGUGCCAAAGUCCUUCCUAAUUCCGCAAGACGAAGCGGAGCUGCGCCGCGAUGCGGAGAUGAACCCCGGCACCCCGGAGAAGCCGCUGAUCUACAUUGUCAAGCCCGGCGCGUCGAGCUGUGGACGAGGGAUCCAUCUGUUCAAGGGCGUGCCCCCCAUGCCGCGGGGGGUGGGCCGCGAAAAGGAGAUGGUGUGCCAGAGGUACAUUGGCAACCCUUUGCUCAUCUAUGGCCGGAAGUUUGACCUACGGCUCUACUGCGUCGUCACCUCGUUCGACCCAUUGCGGAUCUACCUCUUCGAUGAGGGUCUCGUGCGAUUUGCGGCAAAGAAGUACCGAGGACCCGACCAGGACCUCGAUAACAUCCACGUGCACCUUACCAACUACUCCGUUAACAAGACAGCGGAGCUGAGCAAGGAAAGCAACGGUAAGGAUUACGAUAGUGAUGAUCCACUUGACAUCAAGUGGUGCCUCUCCGACUUCAAGCGGCACUUGGCGUCACAUCACCCGCUGGGGCUGGAUGCGUGGUACCGCAUUCAGUCAGAGUGCGAGGAUGUAGUGAUAAAGACAUUCCUCAGUAUUGAACACAGUGUCGUGGAGGAGGUGACUCGCAACUGCGCUGAUUCCAGCGGACGCAACUGCUUCGAGCUGUUUGGGCUGGACUUGAUGGCGGACACCAACCUCAAGGUGCGACUGCUGGAGGUUAACAUCAUGCCAUCGUUGGCGACAGCCAGCUCUCUUGACAAGGCCGUGAAGUCCCGCAUGCUGGCACAUCUAUUGACGCUGGUGCGUGUCAUUCCGUAUCGUCGGGAUAGUCAGCUGGACCCCGACAACGCGGAGGGCACCUACGUACCACGCGGCAUUCAACGGCAGGCAGGGGAGCGCACGUACAAAUUUGGCAAGCAUCCUUUUCCGAGCCUUCGCAUUCUGGAGCGGCCGCUGCUAACCACCUUCAACGACCCGAGAAACGAGGACUCGCUCCUAUCUAAGGCUGAGUUGCUCAUGCUACGCGAGUAUGAGGAGGAGCUGCAGUGUGCCGGCGGCUUUCGAUGUGUCUACCCCGUUGGGCACACCGUUGAGCGAUACCUUCCGUACUUCUCGCAUGGUGUUCGUCGCAGCAACUACCUGCUGGCGUCGGCGGCGGUGAUGAGGUCGAAGCUGCCGCCGCAUCAGCGGCUCUUCGAGUAA